AUGGCCAUCAUUAGUGUCCUCAUUUACGUUUGUUUGUGGCUUGCUGCAGCAAAAUUGGAGGCAAAUUCAAAAGAGCACGAAACGGGGGCGACAAAAGUGGAGAACAACUUUGCUGAUUAUAGUGCUCAGAAUGAGGCUUUGGCCCAGAAGGUCGAUGCAGAAAACAAUCAAUUGCAGGAGCUACAACUGCUGGUAAGACCCGCAGAGCAAGUAAAAGUGACAAAUGAAGUGGAAAGUGCCAUUGAGAUGACACAACUAACGAUGCAGCAGCAGCAUCAGAAGCAAAGCAACGAUGUGUCUAAAACAGGCACACAAAAUGCGACUGCCAUGCACCACUCUGCCGCCUACACAACUUUAAUGAGCCCCUACACGUUGCCAAUAUCGGAAAGGCAUAACUUUGGCAACCCCAUCCGCCUAAUGGACAACAGCAACGACAACAAAGAUGACGAUAAUGAUAACGAGGAGAAUGAUGUUGAUGACGAUGAGCAAUUACUACGACUGCAGAACUACAAUUUGCUGUACAAUGCCGAACGUCAGACCUACUUCCAGUUGCACACCAGCAAUCAUCCGCAUAGUAAUCCGCCUCCGUCUGGGUCCGAGCAUCAAAAUCAACUCAAUCCCUCCGCCGUGCAGCAUCAUCGUCUAUUACAGCAUGUUGUGGGCAAUACAUUGACAGCUGCCUUUGGCCUUAAUCUGAUGGAUAAUGCCAGUAAGGAUAUUAUGCUAAUGACCACAGAGAAUAUCAAACUUUAUGAUUCCAACUCCUUGCGGCACUCGCGAUUUAAUCCGUUCAAUCCAACACGCAUUAUUAUCCAUGGUUGGCUGGGUAAUGCCCAUGCCAAUAUAUACAAUACUUUGCUUCCGGCCUAUAUGAAUCUAAGUACUGGAAAUUAUAAUGUAUUCACUGUGGAUUGGGGACGUGGAGCCAUUGCAGAUUAUAUAACAGCAAGUUAUCGAGUUAAGCCUGUUGGCCAAGUUGUGGCCAAAUUCGUGGACUUUCUGCAUCAGGAGGCCGGCAUGAGAUUCGAAGAUCUACAAUUGAUUGGCUUCAGUAUGGGUGCCCAUGUGGCUGGAUUGGCUGGCAAAUAUGUCCAAACUGGACGUUUGAAGGUGAUACGAGCUCUUGAUCCGGCAUUGCCUUUCUUUCGCUAUGCCCAAGAGAAAGAGCGCCUGACAAUGGACGAUGCCGACUAUGUAGAAGUAUUGCAUACAAGUGUGGGCAGCUAUGGCUUCGAUCGUCCUUUGGGACAUGUGGAUUUCUAUGCGAAUUGGGGCAGCCAGCAGCCAGGAUGCUUUUGGCAUGAAUGCAGCCAUUGGCGUGCAUUUAUACUAUUCGGCGAGAGUCUGCAAUUGCCGUUGUUCGAGCAGAUUGAGGGCAAAGGUUGUGUGACCAGCGAAUGGCAGCAAUUGACCAAAUCCCGGCACUGUGCACAGGAAACGGAUAACAUGCUCAGCAUGGCUGGUGAUUUAAUGGAACUGUCAAUGGACCAGCUAGCCAGACGAAGGGGAGUCUAUUAUUUUCAAACUAAUGACAUGCCGCCAUAUAUGGCCAGAAUAGUUAACAAAAAAGAAAGAGGAACUUAAAAAAAAUGAAG